AUGUCUACUUCACCUGCAAAAGCCACUUGGAACCCUGCAUUCCAUAAAGUAUUUAUCGGGUUAUGUCUGCGAGAAGUGUUGAAGUUGAACGAGCCUGGGGCACGGCUUACUAAGGAGAGUUGGUGUAGCAUUGUUGAAUCCUUUUACGAAAAGACUGGCGUGACUUAUGACAAGAAACAGUUAAAGAAUCACUAUGAUUCCACCAGGAAGUUAUGGAAGGUUUGGGAUAAGUUGACUCGCGAUAGUAGCAUGAAAUGGGAUCCGGAAACUAGUAAGUUUGAUGCUUCUGAGGAAGACUGGUGCGAUUAUAUAAAGGAUAACCCAGAAGCUGGACAGUUUCAGUCUAAGGAAAUCCAGUUUAAAGACGAAUUGGAUAUUAUCUAUGAUGGAGAAAUGCCGGCUGAGGAAAUAAAAAACUCGAUACGUCUUAAGUGGCAGGAUAAUGCUAGAGCUGCAUCUUUGCACGGAAGAGGGCGCGGGAGGAAGCGUAAGAGUGUUGUUAGGGAUUAUGAAUUAGAUACUUCUGAUGCUGUUAAUUCGACGCUAACUCCAAAAGCCUCGUGGACACCUGCAUACCAUAAAAUAUUUGUGGAUUUAUGUCUUGAUGAAACUUUGAAGGGGAACAAAGCUGGGUCACAUUUUACCAAGAUGGGCUGGAGGAAUAUUAUUGGAUACUUUUAUGCAAAGACAGGUGUGAGAUAUGACAAAAGACAAAUUAAGAAUCACUACGAUUCGACCAGAAAACAAUGGAAAAUCUGGGUUAAAUUGAUUGGUGAUGAUUUCAUGAAAUGGGACUCAGGAACCAGUAAGUUUGGUGCUUCAGAGAAAGAUUGGCUUGAUUAUCUUAAGGAAAACCCAGAAGCUGCACAAUUCCGCUUUAAGGAAAUCCCAUUUCCCGAGAAAUUGGACAUCAUCUAUGGCGACAGUAUACAAACCGAGGAAAUGCGACCAUCAUCUAGUAGUGAGAGACAGAAUGAUGAUUCAGGAACUGCAUCUCCUUUAUAUGCAAAGCGAGGGAAGAAAUAUAAGAGUGUUGAGAAGGAUUUUGACUUUAAGAGUGCUAUUUUGGUUAAUGCUACACCAAUCAGUGCAAUUGCAAGUGAGCAAAGCAUUUCAUGUUCAUCGUAUCCUAAGGUCAAAGCCACAUGGACCCCUUUAUUGCAUAAGACCUUUAUUGAUCUAUGUCUGCAGGAGACACUAAAUGGAAAUAAGCCCGGGACACAUUUUACUAAGGAAGGUUGGAAGAAUAUUAUGGAUUCAUUUCAUUUGAAAUCUGGUUUGAAUUAUGGCAGAUUACAAUUUAAGAAUCACUGGGAUUCUACAAAGGAACAAUGGAGAACAUGGUCUAAGCUUGUUUCCACUAGUUACAUGAAAUGGAAUCCGUCUAAGCAUACGUUUGAGGCCAGUGACGAAGAUUGGACUAGCUAUUUACAGAAAAACCCAGAAGCUUCCCAAUUUCGCUAUAAGGAACUACAAUUCCCAGACGCAUUGGAAACCAUCUUUAAUGGUACUACUGUUACAGGGGAGACUGAACCUGCUGUGCAACAGAAGAAAAGCGAUGACAGCGUUAAUACUUUGCCUUUGCACACAAAAGGACCAGAUGUAACCAGCUCAGAUGAGAAGACUGAAUGUCUUUGUGAUGCUGUUGCAUCAAGGAAUGGUGUGAAUAUUCAAAAGAACGCCUUCUCAAUUUCGUCUGCUGAAGGCAAACGCAGUUAUAGUAUUGGUGAAUGCAUUGAAUGUCUUGAUGGAAUGGAAGAUGUAGAGCAAGGAAGUGACCUGUAUUUGUUUGCUCUAGAUGUGUUCCUUAGGCAGGAACAUAGGGAAAUUUUUCUCCAAUUGAAAAAGCCUAAUCUGAGGAUCUCAUGGUUGCAGCGACUUCAGUCUGUUGGUCAGUCUUCACUCUAG